CUGGUACGGUCAAUUAAAAGCUCCGGGUAAACCGCCUGCUAGCGAGAGGUUCCGGCUGUGUUUUUGACCGGGCUUCGCAGCGCUGCUUUCGAGACACGACAACAGCGACAAGAAGCGACGGCCGGGGCGGCACGUGGGGGUCAGUUUUCUGUGGGCGGGGGUUUUAGUGGAUCCUUGGCCGCGCUGCCAAUACUUGUGCAGGAGGUCCCAACUACGCCCGGUGCCACUGCGCGCUCUGCUGACGCAACCACGUCGCCGUGGCCCAAUGCGAUGGCGGACCGCAAUGUCCCCAGACCUGCCCAGGGAGGGACGGAGCAAAGUCACUGAGACACUCUCACCGGCUCCGUUCCGCUACCGGCUGCGACCACCUGUCAAAGGCGGGGCUGCUGUCGCACGUGUAGCAUGUGGCACGGGAUCCGCUCGGAGCGCGCCGACCGGGACGAGCCACAAGUGGAGUGACGAGACCGGAGCGGAGUGCGCCGGGCUGACGCGCCGCACGCUGAGCCUGCAAGUUCACUCGACACAACAGAAAGUCGCGGCGACGGGGGACGUGGGACAAGCCGCUGUCGGAUUUAACGGAGGCUCGAGGGCGACGUUUGUUCCGGCAAAAUGAAAUUCGCGGAGCAUCUCUCUUCCCACAUCACUCCUGAGUGGAGGAAACAAUAUCUCCAGUAUGAGGCAUUCAAGGAAAUGCUGUAUGCUGCCCAGGACCAAGCUCCGUCCAUAGAAGUCACAGAUGAAGACACAGUGAAGAGAUACUACGCCAAGUUUGAGGAGAGGUUUUUCCAGACCUGUGAGAAGGAGCUCCUGAAGAUCAACACAUUCUAUUCAGAAAAACUUGCUGAAGCCCAGAGACGUUUUGCCACGUUGCAGAAUGAGCUUCAGUCUUCACUGGAUGCUCAGCGCGAGAGCAACGCACCGCCCGGCCUGCGCAAACGAAAGACCAUGUUCCACCUGUCGCAGGAGGAGCGCUGCAAGCACCACAACAUCAAGGACUUGAAGCUUGCCUUCAGCGAGUUCUACCUCAGCCUCAUCCUGCUCCAGAACUACCAGAACCUGAACUUCACUGGUUUCCGUAAGAUCCUGAAGAAACAUGACAAGAUCCUGGACACUCCUCGCGGGGCCGACUGGCGUGUGGUUCACGUGGAGGUGGCGCCUUUCUACACCUGCAAAAAGAUCACACAGCUCAUUUCUGAGACAGAGACCCUGGUCACCACAGAACUGGAGGGCGGAGAUCGUCAGAAGGCCAUGAAGAGAUUGAGAGUUCCUCCACUGGGGGCAGCUCAGCCUGCUUUGGCCUGGACGACCUUUCGUGUUGGUCUCUACUGUGGCUUCUUCAUCAUUCUGGCCAUCGCCUUUGUUCUCACUGGCGUUGUGUUCAUCCGCUACGAGAACAUGUGGCCCCUGGUGCGGAUCUAUCGGGGCGGUUUCCUGUUGAUCCAGUUCCUCUUCCUGUUGGGCAUUAACACUUAUGGAUGGAGACAGGCGGGAGUCAACCAUGUCCUCAUCUUUGAGAUCAAUCCCCGCAACAACCUCUCACACCAACACCUGUUUGAGAUCGCUGGUUUCAUGGGCGUGUUGUGGUGUCUCAGCAUCCUCUCCUGUCUCUACUCAGAGUACACUUACCUCCCCAUGCAGAUCAACCCUCUCAUCCUUUAUGGCUUCAUGGUGCUUUUCCUCAUCAACCCCUUCAAGACCUGCUACUACAAAUCACGUUUCUGGCUCCUCAAGCUGCUGUUUCGUGUGUUCACGGCGCCGUUCCACCGCGUGGAGUUUGCGGACUUCUGGCUGGCCGAUCAGCUCAACUCUCUGGUGUUUGUUCUGAUGGACCUGGAGUAUCUCAUCUGCUUCUACAUCUUUGAGCUGCAGUGGAGCAACAGCAAGGGACUGCUGCCUGAGUUUAAAGCCCCGAAUGACUUUGUUUGCCACAGCUACUCAUACGGUCUGCGCGCCAUCAUCCAGUGCCUGCCCGCCUGGUUCCGCUUCAUCCAGUGCCUGAGGCGUUACCGUGACACCAAGAGGGCCUUCCCUCACCUGGUGAAUGCUGGGAAAUACUCGACCACCUUCUUCGUCGUCACCUUUGCCGCGCUCUACGCCACACACAGAGAACAAGGACACACGGACGCCGACAUGUUCUUCUACCUGCUGGUCGUGUUCUCGACCAUCAGCUCCCUGUACACGCUGAUCUGGGAUCUGCGUAUGGACUGGGGCCUGUUUGACCGCGGCGCCGGAGAGAACACCUUCCUCAGAGAAGAAAUAGUUUACCCCCACAAGGCCUACUACUACUGUGCCAUUUUAGAAGAUGUGAUCCUGCGUUUUGCCUGGACGAUCCAGAUCUCUCUGACCACAAUGACCAAGAUCCACUCCGUGGGCGACAUCGUAGCCACUGUGCUCGCUCCUCUCGAGGUCUUCAGGCGUUUUGUGUGGAACUUCUUCCGUCUGGAGAACGAGCACCUGAACAACUGUGGUGAGUUCCGUGCGGUGAGGGAUAUCUCCGUGGCGCCGCUCAAUGCUGACGACCAGACGCUCCUCGAGCAGAUGAUGGACCAGGAGGACGGCGUCAGGAACCGCUCGGGCAAAAAGACCUGGAAGAGGUCCUACAGCCUGUCGCUCCGACGCCCCCUACUGUCCUCCUCGCAAUCGAAAAAGGACACAAAGGUGCUAAUCGAGGACACGGAUGAUGAGGCCUUCAGCUGAGUCCACAACAUCAGCGCGCACGCACGCACGCACGCGCACACACACACACACACACACACACACACACACACACACACACACACACACACACACACACACACACACACACACACACACACACACACACACACACACACACACACACACACACACACACACACACACACACACACACACAAUACUUAUAUGGACCUUUCGCUAACACCCAACCUCAACCCUUCUCCCUGAUAGUUCUGUCUAUGUGUAGUGACCCUGACCCCUGACCCCCCCUCAGCCUAAACCUUUAAACCAACAAGGACUGUCAAUCUGAAUUUACCUCAUCUCUAAUUCCUUCUGUACACUUGGUCUUUAUAAGUAUAGGAACACACACACUGUAAUGUAGAAAAACACACAUCACACACACAGAUAAACCUGCUGAAGCACAAACACAUGGUAAUAUUGCUACAGUUGAGAGGAGAGCUGAAGCCACAGCGACGGAUGGACGCACGUCACGGGACAAACUUCUGCACGUAACUGGUAACACCGACCACACUGCCCUGAGAUUGUUCUCUUCUUUUUUUUAAUAGACUUUUUUAGCAUGUGUUGUUUACCUUGAGAUAUUUCUGUUUCUCUAGAUUUUCCUUGAUUUUUUUUCUGGAUUAUUUCCCCCCUAGAAUCUACACAUGUAGAUGUACACGCGACUGUUUACACGCCUUUUUUAACUGCUCUAGGAUCAACAGGGAGAAGACAAAGCCAAUCAAAAGACUUCAUAUUAAUCCAUAGAAACCCGAGGAAGGACUCUACACAUAUAACAGCAUAUCAAAACAAAUCAACCGGUUUCCACUCGUUGAUUCUUUUUAUACUCCAUCUUUUUUUCCUUCUUCUCUUUUGUUCUGCUGAGUUGGAUUAAUGUCAGUGUACAAUCACAGUCCUUGCAGAGGCACUUGCAGGAAAAGUGCAUUUUAAUACACAACGCAUGAAAAAAAAACCUACUUGUACACAAAGGGAUGUUUUGACUCAAACAUUUCUUGCCUGUGAAGUUGCUUUGUAAUAUAUUUAAUAUAUUUGAUGUGCAUUAUUACUCUACUGUAGUUGUUCAGUAGUUCUACAUGUGUCGUUUAUACUAGUGAGACUAAUUUGAGGAUCCACACAAUGAUUGUUAUUACGUAUUUUAUAACGUUUGGAAUGUUUUUUCUUGGUUAUACUUGUGCCAAACUUUUAAUAGGCUUGUUGUCAGUCAGUCGAUUUCCCCCCGACCUCAAAUUAAAGCAAAAACGACUUGUGAAUCACCACAUUUAUCGUGACAGGUCGUCUUGAAGUGCCCUGUGAGCUACAGCCGAUUGUGUGUGCUUUGCUAUUCUUUGCAUUAACUACCAAAGCUUUGUUUUUAUGAAUGUGUCUGUAGCUAUAGUAGCUUUGUCCAUUCGACCUGCCCCAGUGAGUCAAAGGUAACCGGCCCAAAAGCCUCUUUUAAGAGUAUACUGUAGGAGCUCCCAGUAAUAUGAGAAGAAUUACUAUUACUGUCAAUGUUUGUGUAUAUUAGAAUGAUAAGAUGCGUCACUCUGCUCGAUGUUAUGGGCCCUCUGCAAAACAGCUCAGUGUUGCCAGAUUUUUGGACCAUUUAGUUGGAUUUCCCUAAAUGGAAAAUCAGGAUUUGUAUUUCAAUAGAUGUGCCCCCUUUUUCAAUUCAGUUUUCUUGUUGUACUCAGAAUGUACGAGAAUCCAACAUCUCAAAUGGAAAAAUGAAAUACUUUUUUAUGAUGAUAGGGAUGUGGUUGGCAGUCAGAUCUGGCAACACUGCAUAAGCUCACUGAGGGCCCUUAAUCAGUAAGUAUCUGUAAACCCUGACAGCUCCUGUCUGGCUCUGGGCUCCUGAAUCAGGGACCCAGAGUCUGGUUUCACCACAUUCAGCAUCACUGUUUGUUUGACUCUUAUGUUCCAUGUUGGCUCAUUAAUUCUAGCAAUUCUUCUUUUCUUUACAAUUUCAAGAGUGAAUUUGUUGGUAAAGACCAGGAAAAUGUGCUGUUGAUCUGACGUCUAAUUAUAAAACCACCAGUCUACAUCUGAAGAGCUGUUGGUUAUAAUCUCAAAAUGUGUUGCUGCUGCCGUUGAAAGGCCCCCUGGCUUUUAGGGAAACGGCUUUAUUGCCGGCUUCUGUGUUUCACUUUCUCGUCUCCUGCUCCACCACUCUUCCUCCCCGUGGCUGCACUGAGUCACCGUGGCUCGGUCACAAGAUGAAUCCCAGAGAGCUACAAAUGUAUAAUACAGAAACGCCCCUUUUUUUCUCCUCCUGUUUUUGUAUCUUUUCUUGUCUCGGCUAACGGACUGAAAAGUUUGUGUGUGAUGAGCCAAAUAGUGAACUGGAAAGCUGGAAAGUAAAAUGUUGUAUCUGUUAGAUUUUAGAAGAUGGGCAGCUUCCCUGUCUGUUUGAAUACACUGAACACAUGCCAUAACUAUUAACACACAUAAAACAUCACACACACACACACACACACACACACACACACACACACACACACACACACACACACACACACACACACACACACACACACACACACACACACACACACACACACACACACACACACACACACACACACACCCCACAUCGACUCUGUCUUGUGUCAGAGAACACAACACUACAGCAGAUAGUUUUGUAAAAAGGCUCCGUUGUCUUGCCUGCAUGCUGCUUUUUGUUCUACCUUGUACAUAGAUCUUAAUUUAUUCGACGUGUAUAUUAGCAAUCAUUGUAGCCACUGUGACAAUGAUUGAUUUCAUAUGUUGCCAUCUUUUUGCUCGAAGACAAGCAGUAUUUUCUACGUGAUGAGGAGCUUUUUGGUCGUUCGUUGAGAAUCCUGCGCUCUCUCAUGUGUAAAUCUGUUGAAAGUGUGAUUGUAUAAAAAAUAAUCCAUAGAAAUGGAGAACGGGAUUGGUUGUUUCUUGUUGGCGAUUCCUUCUUAUUUCAAGGCUUCAUCAGCGUUGGGUUUGGGGGGGGGGGGGCAUAAUUCCUGUGUCCUGAAGCUGUAAUCCUGUUUGUACAUUUGUGAACGUGCAUGAAAAAUAUUGUGGACAUUACAUCCGUUGUUGUGAACUGCCAUGCAGACAGAAGCACUUUGACGUACUGUAGUAGGGCGCAGGAACAGGCCCCAGUCCAGAGAGGACGAACACCCACAACAACAAGAUACUGUUCAACUGAUCCCAGAUCUGCCCGAGCUUCUCUCGUUCAGCUCAAACAGAUCCGGGAUUGUUAUUUACUCGCUGGAAGCAUUUUUGAGAUGCUUCUCCGUGCAGUGAUCAGAGUCUCUUAACAGAUAUUCAGUAUGUGGAACACGCGGACACAAAAAAAAACAGGGUUAUUUUGUACAGUUUGUGUUCAAUGAGCUGAUAGUAAUGAGCCCUGACAUGCCAUGUUCCCCAAUUUUUGUCUACUGCUUGCUGAAACUCCCAUGAUGUUUAAGUACUUGAUAUGAGUGCAUCCUCCCGCUCGCCCUCCCUCGAUGUUGUUUGUACCCUCGCUCUAAUCUAGAUGAACGUGAUAGUACCUGUAGUUUGGUAGAUGGAUGUUCCACUUUAAUAAGAUACUAAAAAAAAAGAUAGUAGAGGAAAUACAUUGUGGCUAAAUGUAAUUUCAAGAGACAUAAAGAAAGAAGGAAAAUGUCUUACACCGUCCAAACCAUCGUCCCCCCUCAAGUCCCUUUGACAUAGUUUGUACAUGUCGAGUGUAUAACACUGUUCUAUGAUGGUUUUCCUGAUGGUAUUUGUAUUUCUGUAAACACUUUGGUGAUCCUGUCAUAUCUGGGUUUUAUAAACCACAAUUAUUUUUAAAACUC